AUGUCCGAUAGCUCUGGUUCUUCGUCCGCAUCUUCCACAUCGGCGUUCGUCUCCUCGCUGAUAUUCAAUGGUAUCAUAGCAGGUAUUUUUAUAAGUCUCUUUAUGGCUUUUAGACCCAAAAACACAAGGGUGUAUGAGCCAAGAACGCUCCCAGACGUGCAAACGGUCACGGAGGAGGAACGACUGCAAAGUGCGCCGCAGGGUAUGGCUUGGAUUCCGUAUCUGAUCUACAAGCCGCAUUCGUAUCUGAUGCAGCAUGCCUCGCUGGAUGGUUAUUUUUUUCUAAGGUACGUGGGCUUGGUCGCUUCGCUAUCUGUCUUCACUUGUUUUCUGCUAUUCCCGAUUUUGUUGCCAGUCAAUGCUACAAACGGGAAUAACUAUCCAGGCUUCGACCUACUUUCGUUCGCCAACGUUACCAAUCAUAACAGGUUCUACGCGCACGUCUUUCUGUCAUGGCUAUUCUUCGGCCUACUCAUCUAUGUCAUCUACAAAGAGCUGUACUACUACGUGAUGGUCAGACACGCGGUCCAGACUAGUCCGCUUUAUGACAGUAUGCUAUCGUCAAGGACUGUGAUUGUCACAGAGUUGAGCGGUUCGUCUGCGCAACCUGGUGAAAUGGAAAUGAGGUUCCCCAAGGCAAGCAACAUCCUGUUUGCUCACAACCAAUCUGAAUUAAUCGAUUUGGUGAAGGACCGGUCGAAGAGCAGUAUGAAACUUGAAAACGCGAUCAACAAAGUCAUCAAGAAAUCUGUCAAGAUGAGAAUCAAGGCUGAAAAAAAAGAUACGCUAAACGAGCUCUAUAACGGUGGUACCAAACCAGAAGACGAUCUGGAAACAUAUAUCCCUCACGGCAAAAGACCCACACACAGAUUGGGAAAAUACAAAUUACCAUUCUUGGGCACCAAAGUUGACACCCUUGAUUAUUCUCGUGAGCAUAUUAGUGAGCUAAACGAAAAGAUUCAUGAACAACAGAACGAUUGGAAUUCAAGGGAUACUUUGCCGGUGUGCUUCUUGGAAUUUGAUACUCAAUUGGAAGCUCAAAGAUGUUUUCAGUCAUUGGAAUCUAUAAUGGGUUCAAAGUCGUUUGGGAAACGCAUGAUUGGUGUCGCACCAGAUGAUGUUAACUGGGAAAACGUUAAUUUCACGAAGAACAAAAGACGUGCAUUAAAAACGGCGGCUAAUACUUUUUUGACUCUACUAAUUAUAUUUUGGGCUAUUCCAGUUGCUGUUGUUGGUUGUAUCUCUAAUGUUACGUUUCUAGAAGACAACGUUUUUUUUUUAAAUUUCCUCAGAAAUGUUCCUCGCGUCAUAUUGGGCCUGAUUACCGGUAUCGUUCCGUCACUGGCUCUGUCAAUUUUGAUGUCAUUGGUACCGGUUUUCAUAAAGAAAGCUGGUACACUCAGUGGAUCAAUUUCUUCACAGGAAACUGAGUCGUAUUGUCAAGCAUGGUACUAUGCAUUUCAGGUUGUUCAAGUUUUCUUAAUUACUACCGCAACUUCAUCAGCCUCUUCAACAGUAGUUGCAAUUAUCAAUGAUCCAAGUUCCGCAAUGGUUUUAUUAGCUCAAAACCUCCCUAAAGCUUCCAAUUUUUAUAUUUCAUACUUUUUGGUUCAAGGUUUACUUAUCCCUACAGGUGCUUUAUUUCAAGUGGCCAAUUUGAUCUUAAGCAAAGUAUUAGGCAGAGUAUUAGAUUCAACUCCAAGGCAAAAAUGGAAUCGUUACAAUACAUUAUCGAAACCAAGUUGGGGCGUUAUUUAUCCCGUUAUUGAAAUUUUGGUUUGCAUAUGGGUUUGUUACGCCAUCAUUGCUCCCUUAGUUUUAAUUUUCAGCUCAAUGGCAUUAUGUUUCAUGUAUUUGGCUUAUCUUUACAACAUCAACUUUGUUAUGGGAUUUUCAUUCGAUUCAAGAGGAAGAAAUUACCCAAGGGCUCUGUUCCAAAUCUUUGUUGGCAUUUACUUGAGUGAGGUAUGCUUGUUAGGUCUGUUCAUUAUGGGCAAGGCAUGGGGUCCAUUGGUGCUUGAAGCUAUCAUCAUUCCGUUAACAGUACUUGCACAUUUAUAUUUCAAACGCAGAUUUAUUCCAUUAUUUGAUGCUGUCCCCUUGAGUGCCCUACGUUUGGCAAGAGGCGCAAAAGGUUUAGAAUAUCCUCAUAAAGAUCAAGGUUUAAAAGAGAUCGCAGAAGUAUCCAAAGAAGCUAAGAAAGCUUUCGAUGAUAAUGAAACUGGUGGUGUUCUACGUCCGGCAACCUCGGCAGAAUUAAAGAAAGCUCAUUUAAUUAAUGAUGUGGAUACAGUCUCAGAAAAACCUGCAAAGUCUUACAGUGAAAAUAGAAGAUCAAGUACAGAUUCAGACGGUGCUGACACAAAAAGAGGUUCUGCAAUUGUCAAAAAGACUACUUUGACGAGCGGUUCGGAUUCUGUCCAGGGGAAAUCUACUUUUGCCCCAGAUGUUAAAAAUCUACCAAGAGAACACAUUGGCGAGAAUGUACUUCAUGUCGGUGCUAUCGAAGAGAAUGCAGAUGCUGGAAAAGUUUAUGCUGAUCCACGGGCUAUCGUAACAACUCCACAGUCGUUCCCAUCUAACAUCAACAAGUCUGAACAUUUCAAACAAAGAGUGAUAAACUUCUUCUCACCCUCCAUGAAUUAUCCUUUUGGAACCGUGAGAACAAGAUUACCCUUGGUUUACAAUACAGUUGUCGAAUAUGACGACGAAUUUACUGAAACCGCUUACACAGACCCAUCAGUCAGCGAAAAAGAUCCAAAGAUUUGGAUAUGUCACGAUGAAUUAGGUCUGUCCAAGCAACAGAUACAGGAGGCGUCUGCUAAGAAUAUCGAUGUCAUUGAUGACUUCACAAAAUUUGAUGAAAAGGGUAAUUGUGAAUUCUUAUUUAAUCCUCCUGAUUACGAAUUGCCUGCUAAGAAAUAA